AUGAAUACCACGCCAGAGCUCCAGAACAAUGGGUCGCCGGGUCGUCCAAGUCCCCAGAUCCAGCCAUGUCGAUACAAGGUGGGAAAGACGCUGGGGGCUGGUUCAUACUCGGUGGUCAAGGAAUGUGUACACAUUGACACUGGACGCUACUACGCUGCCAAGGUCAUCAAUAAACGACUAAUGGCUGGGCGAGAACAUAUGGUCCGCAACGAGAUCGCGGUACUUAAGAAGGUCUCCAUGGGCCACCAGAACAUCCUGACGCUGGUCGACUACUUCGAGACAAUGAACAACCUGUACCUGGUAACUGACCUGGCGCUUGGUGGCGAGCUGUUCGAUCGCAUUUGCCGUAAAGGAUCUUACUACGAAUCGGAUGCGGCAGACCUGAUCCGCGCCACCCUCUCGGCCGUCGCCUAUCUACACGAUCAUGGCAUUGUACACCGCGAUCUCAAGCCAGAGAACCUGCUCUUCCGCACACCUGAGGACAACGCCGACUUGCUAAUUGCCGAUUUCGGGCUUAGUCGCAUUAUGGACGAGGAGCAAUUUCACGUGCUGACGACAACUUGCGGAACUCCAGGCUACAUGGCGCCCGAGAUCUUCAAGAAGACGGGACACGGCAAGCCCGUCGACGUAUGGGCUAUGGGUGUCAUCACUUACUUCCUCCUGUGUGGCUACACGCCGUUCGACCGCGACUCGGACUUCGAGGAGAUGCAGGCCAUUCUCAACGCCGACUACAGCUUUCAGCCCACCGAGUACUGGCGCGGCGUCAGCAGCAAUGCCAAGGACUUCAUUAGCAAAUGUCUGACAGUCGAUCCCAACAAGCGUAUGACGGCCCACGAGGCUCUUUCGCAUGCCUUUGUUGCAGACUACACCCAAAGCGCUGACGGCGACAAGGGCCAGAACCUAUUGCCGACAGUCAAGAAAAACUUCAAUGCGCGCCGUACAUUGCAUGCUGCUAUUGACACCGUGAGGGCCAUUAACAAACUCCGCGAGGGUCAAAUGCAAGCACAGAUCAUGGACGGAGCCAGGAGCAAUGAGCCCAGCCGUGGAGCACCAUCCAACCAAGUCAAGGGCGACAGCGGUGUUGACAUGAGACCUCAUGACUUGGGCUACGGCAGCAAAGGUGACGGCGAUGUGGAGAUGGACGGCGUAGGCCCCACGACCGGAGUGCCCGCUAGUCUACGGCCAGGCACGCUUGCGAACAAGGUGGUUGAGACUUCCAGGGGCCUGUGGAGUGCAGGGCAGAGCAGGCGAUAG